GAGCCUCUGCCAGGGGAUGAGGUGGGUGGCGCUAGAAACCACUUAGCUACAGCCAACCGCCCAAUGCAGCACUCGCUCGCUCCCCCCGCCAGCGGAAGCGCCCGCGGAGCACAAUGCAGCACUGAGGCAGCGCCGCGGUGGAGGCUGCAGCGCCGCGGUCGCCGCAGCACCGGCCGGGGCUGGGAGGGGGCGGCCCAGGCGAGCCGGGGCCACGGGGCGCGGGAUCCGGACGCGGCUGCCCGGGCAUGAGGAGCUGAGCGUCUCGGGCGAGGAGGGCUGACGGCUGCACCAUGCAGGCGGCGGCGGCUGUAUCCGUGCCCUUCUUGCUGCUCUGCGCCCUGGGGACCUGUCCCCCGGCGGGCUGCGGCCGGGCAGGAGACGCCUCGUUGACGGAGCUGGAGAGGAGGAAGGAAAACCGCUUCCUGGAGCGCCAGAGCAUCGUGCCACUCCGGCUCAUCUACAGCUCGGGCGAAGACGAAACUGGGCACGACGCGCUCGAUACGCGGGUGCGGGGCGACCCCGGCGGCGGGCAGUUGACUCACGUUGACCAGGCAAGCUUCCUGCUGGGUGCCUUUGGAACAUCGUUUAUUCUUGAUGUCCUGCUAAAUCAUGAUUUGCUGUCCUCUGAAUACGUGGAGAGACACAUUGAACAUGGAGGGAAGACUGUGGAAGUGAAAGGAGGAGAGCACUGUUACUACCAGGGCCACAUCCGAGGAAACCCUGCCUCAUUUGUGGCAUUGUCAACAUGCCAUGGACUUCAUGGGAUGUUCUAUGAUGGGAACCACACCUAUCUCAUCGAGCCAGAAGGAAAUGACACCUCCCAAGAGGAUUUCCAUUUUCAUUCGGUUUACAAAUCCAGACUGUUUGAAUUUCCCUUGGAUGAUCUUCCAUCUGAAUUCCAACAAGCAAACAUCACUCCACCAAAAUUUAUUUUGAAGCCAAGACCAAAACGGAGUAAACGACAGCUUCGUCGAUAUCCUCGUAACGUAGAGGAGGAAACCAAAUAUAUUGAACUGAUGAUUGUGAAUGAUCAUCUCAUGUUUAAAAAACAUCGGCUUUCAGUGGUACUUACCAAUACCUAUGCGAAAUCUGUGGUGAACAUGGCGGAUUUAAUAUAUCAAGACCAACUUAAGACAAGGAUAGUAUUGGUUGCCAUGGAAACCUGGGCGGCUGACAACAAGUUUGCCAUAUCUGAAAAUCCAUUGAUCACCCUACGUGAGUUUAUGAAAUACAGGAGGGAUUUUAUCAAAGAGAAAAGUGAUGCAGUUCACCUUUUUUCGGGAAGUCAAUUUGAGAGUAGCCGGAGCGGGGCAGCGUAUAUUGGCGGGAUUUGCUCGUUGCUGAAAGGAGGAGGCGUGAAUGAAUUUGGGAAAACGGAUUUAAUGGCAGUUACACUUGCCCAGUCGUUAGCCCAUAAUAUUGGUAUUAUCUCAGACAAAAGAAAGUUAGCAAGUGGUGAGUGCAAGUGUGAGGACACGUGGUCUGGAUGCAUAAUGGGAGACACUGGCUAUUAUCUUCCUAAAAAGUUCACCCAGUGUAGUAUUGAAGAGUAUCAUGACUUCCUGAAUAGUGGAGGUGGUGCCUGCCUUUUCAACAAACCUUCUAAGCUUCUCGAUCCUCCUGAGUGUGGCAAUGGCUUCAUUGAAACUGGAGAGGAGUGUGACUGUGGGACCCCGGCAGAAUGUGUCCUUGAAGGAGCAGAGUGUUGUAAGAAAUGCACCUUGACUCAAGACUCCCAGUGCAGUGAUGGUCUUUGUUGUAAAAAGUGCAAGUUUCAGCCUAUGGGAACUGUAUGCCGUGAAGCAGUAAAUGACUGUGAUAUUCGUGAAACAUGCUCAGGAAAUUCAAGCCAGUGUGCCCCCAAUAUUCAUAAGAUGGAUGGUUAUUCAUGUGAUGGUGUCCAGGGAAUUUGCUUUGGAGGAAGAUGUAAAACCAGGGAUAGACAAUGCAAAUACAUCUGGGGGCAAAAGGUGACAGCAUCAGACAAAUACUGCUAUGAGAAACUGAAUAUUGAAGGCACCGAGAAGGGUAACUGUGGGAAAGACAAAGACACAUGGAUACAGUGCAACAAACGGGAUGUGCUUUGUGGUUACCUUUUGUGUACGAACAUUGGUAAUAUACCGAGGCUUGGAGAACUCGAUGGUGAAAUCACAUCUACUUUAGUUGUACAGCAGGCAAGAACAUUAAACUGCAGUGGUGGGCAUGUUAAGCUUGACGAAGAUGUAGACCUUGGCUAUGUGGAAGAUGGGACACCUUGUGGUCCCCAAAUGAUGUGCUUAGAACACAGGUGUCUUCCUGUGGCUUCCUUCAACUUUAGUACUUGUUUAAGCACUAAAGAAGGCACUGUUUGUUCAGGAAAUGGGGUUUGCAGUAAUGAGCUGAAGUGUGUGUGUAACAGACACUGGGUAGGUGAGGACUGCAGCACUUACUUCCCUUACAAUGAUGAUGCAAAGGCUGGCAUUACUCUGUCUGGCAAUGGUGUUGCUGGUACCAAUAUUAUAAUAGGCAUAAUUGCUGGCACCAUUUUAGUGCUGGCCCUCAUAUUAGGAAUAACUGCGUGGGGCUAUAAAAACUAUCGAGAACAGAGGUCAAAUGGACUCUCUCAUUCUUGGAGUGAAAGGAUUCCAGACACAAAACAUAUUUCAGACAUCUGUGAAAAUGGGCGACCUCGCAGUAACUCUUGGCAAGGUAACCUGGGAGGCAACAGAAAGAAAAUCAGAGGCAAAAGAUUUAGACCUCGGUCUAAUUCAACUGAGAGGGAGCCCCAAGCACCUGAGCCUGGGCACUCCCUCGCCCAGACAGUCCCAUCCCAAGGCAUAAACCCAGGGGGCUCUGACAGCCCCCAGACAGGGAGUCUGGAUCACAGGUAUUUAAACCCAUGGUUCAAAAGAGACUAUAAUGUAGCUAAGUGGGUAGAAGAUGUGAAUAAAAACACUGAAGGACCAUACUUUAGGACUUUAUCUCCUGCCAAGUCUCCUUCUUCGUCAACUGGGUCUAUUGCCUCCAGCAGAAAAUACCCUUAUCCAAUGCCUCCCCUUCCCGAUGAGGAGAAGAAAAUGAACCGACAAAGUGCCAGGCUAUGGGAGACAUCCAUUUAAGAUCAGCUGUUUACAUAUGAUACAUCGAAACUGUUUACUUCAACUUUUAUAGAAACUCAGCCUCACUGAAUCACUGAAAAUCUAUCUGCUCUUCAAACAACUCGAAAACAUCUCUGAAUGCCACAGAGGAGAGGAAGCCGAGACUCACAUCUGGAUACCAUUUUCUUUUUGUCAUUGGCUUCAGAUUUAAUUGAACCAUGAAAAGAACUACUGAAAUGUUACACUAUAACAUGGAACAGCUAAGGUACUGGUAUGUUAAUGGAUAAUCCGCAUGACAGAUAUAUGUAGAAAUAUCACUGAAAUUAACUCACAUGACCCAAAUGUAGCAAGUUUCCUAAGGGACAAUAGUGGAUUCAGAACUUGACAUUCUGAAGCACAUCCUCAUUGUAGACAGUAAUGCUAUGUGCAUGAAGCUUCUGUUUAUUGUUUUCUACAUUUAAGGAAACAACAUCCCAUAAUAGAAACUAGCAUGCAGGGCUAAGGCAUAUAGGAUUUCUUCUGCAGGACUUUAAAGCUUGAGAGGCCAAUAUCCCAUAUGCUAACUGUAAACAUGUAUUUUUCUUUUUUUUCUUUUUUUUACUUUUCAUAUUUAUAUCAGCAUACAAGGACAAUUGUACAUAUGUAAACAUUUUUAAAAUUAAAAAAAAAGCAGCUGUUACACACAAGUGUAUUUUGCCAGAUGCCUAAAAACAAUCAGUCACAAUCACGUCAUCAUCAUCCAUCAAAUGGUCUUUAAAGAUUAUGACCGGAUGAUGUUGUAAAUAUAGUGGUCAGGGCUGUAUAUGUGUCUCCCCAUAAUUGGUAUUUGUCCAAACCAUGUGCUCUGCCUUUAAAGUGUGCACAGUCUAGAGGCAGUUUUACUGAGUAAUUAAUUGAACAAGAGAACAAAACGUCCGACAGAACUUAGGGCCUCCACAGCUUGCUUACUGCCUCAAGGCGCUCUGCUGCCAGCUGGCUGCUCCCUGGGAAUCCUCCAGGCUGUCCAUCUUCCUUCUGGGGGCUACAGCGCCUGCCUCAGUGGCUAUUCUUUUUCGGUGCCAGAGCACAUCUGCUAGUCUCACCUGGGGGCGCCUGUGAGCCCCACAGCAGUGUGUCCUGCUGAGUUAAACAAAUGCACCAAAGACACAGGAGGCCACAGCUGCUGAUGCAUUGGUAGCUUCCAACUUGCCAAUACUCUAACCCUUUGUGGCCUAAACUUUUGUUCUUUAACAAAGCCUUUUAGCCACCCUUAUCUGUGACAUGAAUGACGUGUUUUAAUGAAAACAACUUUCACACUGUUUAUUGAGGGUAUUUAUCAUCGGUGGGACGUGAGUCCCAGCAGGUCAUUCUGCACUGAUGUGUAAGUAAGAUAUGGAAGGUUCUACCAGCUGGGCUGGGAAGCCCCAACAGGUCGCAGAGGGUUCAAAGAAACCUAAAACCCCAAGGGUGCAGCAACUGUGAAGUUAUCCAAACAGCUGGCAAGGGGUAGAAUCUGAUGUUCGGAACUCUCUAUUUUUUUAAUCCAUAGAAAAGUGAGAAAUCUAUGUUAAAUCCCCUUCUUUAAAACCAAAGUUUGAUAGCUGUCAUCAUGCAGCUCUGCCAUUCUUAAAGAAAACUUCUCUUGCGAGGCGACCCUAGUGAGCUCAGAAAUUAAUGGGAUCAAUCAGAUGCUUUGAUAUAAAGAGUACUUCUGAAUUUUCUAAUUUUCUCUCCUUUUUCUUGAGAGGAAUGGAAUCUGCAGACAAGAUUUCAGAAAUAUCCUCUAAAUUUGAUCUCUGCCAGUAGUGUCCGAGGACAAAACCCAUUUCAUCUCCGUGUGUAAUCAUCUUGGAGGCCCAAACUAAAGGGCCCAUUAGAAGGCAAUGUUUUCUCCUCUAUGUGUCUAUGUCUUCCAUAACGGACCUCUCUUCUGAAAGUCUUUGAAAACAUUUGAAAAGCAGUUUAAUUAUCCAAAAUGAUAAAGUAUAAACAGCAGUUUUCAUGACAGGAAGGGAUGUGAUUGUCGAGACUACAAUAAAAUGAUCCAUCAGUCUCAAGUUGGGCGAUGUUGCCAUAUAGCCCAAGCCAAGGACAGGAGGGCAGACAGAUUUAAAGAUGUAGCAAAUAAAGUGGCUUUUGACCAAGA